CUGCACAGCUACUUCUCCACAGUGACUCAUCAGGACCACAACAUGAACCUGUUCACCAGAUUUCUGCUUCUGGGUUUGGCACUGGCCUCCGUCAGCGGAGCCCCAGCGCCUCCACACGAUUCAGCCGCUGACGAUGGAGCUGCUGUUCCAGACCGGUGUGAAGGGAUCGAGUUCGAUGCUGCCACUCCUGACGAGAAAGGAAGCCAUUUCUUCUUUAAAGGCGCCUACCUGUGGAAGGGUUUCCGUGGUCCGGCUCAGCUCUCCAACGAGUCCUUCAAGGAGUUGGACGACGUCCAUCACAUCGGCCAUGUUGACGCCGCGUUCCGCAUGCACAACAUAAAGAACCCAGAGGACCAUGAUCACAUCUAUUUCUUCCUGGAUGACAAAGUGUUCAGCUUCUACAACCACACUCUGGAGGAGGGUUAUCCGAAGGAGAUCCAGGAGGACUUCCCAGGAGUCCCCUCUCACCUGGACGCUGCUGUGGAGUGUCCCACCGGAGAGUGCAUGGCUGACUCAGUUCUGUUCUUCAAGGGACACGAUGUGCACGUGUACGACAUUGACACGAAGAGGGUGAAGACCAAGUCGUGGUCCCAUCUGCCCGUCUGCACCUCGGCUCUACGCUGGAUGGAGCACUACUACUGCUUCAACGGGCACAACUUCACCAGGUUCGACCCGGUGACCGGAGAGGUGAGGGGCAAGUACCCCAAAGACGCCCGCAACUACUUCAUGACCUGUGACAACUUCGGACACGGAGGAGAUUCCAAAGUCCCUAAAUGCAGUGAGAUCAAAUUAGACGCCAUCACCACUGACGCCACGGGGAAAAAAUAUUUGUUUGCAGGCCCAGACUACAUGCGUCUGGACACUCGGCGUGACGGGCUGCACGGCUUCCCCAUCACCAGGUCGUGGAGUCAAGUGACCAACGGGGUGGAUGCCGUCUUCUCCUACACUGACAAACUCUACAUGAUUAAGGACGAGGAGGUUUACAUCUAUAAAGCAGGAGCUCACUACACCCUGGUCGAAGGCUACCCCAAAUCCCUGAAGGAGGAGCUGGGCAUCGAAGGACGCGUGGACGCUGCUUUCCUCUGUCCCGACGACCACAAGGUCUACAUCAUCCAAGGACGAGAAAUGCUUGACGUCGACCUCACCGCCACGCCCAGGGUGGUGACCGACAGGCUCCCCUUGCCUUUAUCCGACCUCGAUGCUGCUUUGUGUGGUCCAAACGGAGUUGAUGUUUUCAAGGGCUCCCAGUAUUACCACUAUGACAGCCCCAUGUUACUGGCUAUGGGCAGAAUGGCUCCUGUGGCUGAGGAUAUCACCCCAGAGAUGAUGGGGUGUCAGAAAUAGGAGGCAGGGAUCUUACCUAACAAAACAGGGGGACAGUGUUUGCAUCACAUGCUGACGUCCACACUAUCAUCAUCAAAAUCUGGGGAAUGGAAUCAUUUCGCUUCUAACUGGAUGGUUUGACGAAUAAAAUGUGGAAAGAC